CUGGAGUUACACAUGGUUGUGAGCCACUUGAUGUGGGUGCUGGGAACCAGACUCAGGUCCUCUGGUAGAACAGCCAGCUCUCUUAGCCUAUAAUAAGCCAUCUCUAUAAAUCCAGCAUGUGUAUUUUGUGUUGUGGACUUAGGGAAUUACACAUUCAAGAAGAAAAGGACAGAAUAAGGGAAGAAAAAUGGUCCAGGAACGCACGCACACACACGUAAAUAAACACAAUUUAAAAAGCAACAUUGGUGGGACAAUGCCACCUUGGAGGGGCUCUGUUGCCCCUAAUCCCAGUGAACAAACAACAGCAUCCCGCCAGAGUACCCUGACUUGGGAUACUCUCCAGAGGACACGUUGGGUGGUCUCUGUAGCUGAGAUCUUGCAUAACCAAUGCUCACAAGCCUGGCAAAGGUGGCGACAGAGAGAUAAGAUCGGGACAUGACCGCAGGAGAGGAGUGGGAACAUGGUGAGUGGGAGGAGCCCCUAAAUUAUCCAUCAGCACAAGCUGUCAGUGGCCCCGGCCCAUGAAUAAAUGUAUAGGGAGGAGGCAGGGGCCUUGGGGUUGGGGAAAACAGGUAGGGUAUAAAAAGGGCCGUGCAAGGGACCAAGGCCAGGAUUCGAGAGACCAGAUCCCAAAGUGCUCAGGGUCCUGUGGACAGAUCACUGCUUGGCCAUGGCUUCAGACUCUCGGACCUCCUGGCUCCUGCCCUUCACCCUGCUCUGCCUCCUCUGGCCUCAGGAGGCUGGUGCUUUCCCUGCUGUGCCCUUGUCCAGUCUGUUUGCCAACGCUGUGCUCCGAGCCCAGCAUCUGCACCAGCUGGCUGCUGACACCUACAAAGAGUUUGAGCGUGCCUACAUCCCCGAGGGGCAGCGCUAUUCCAUCCAGAAUACCCAGGCUGCUUUCUGCUUCUCAGAGACCAUCCCGGCCCCUACAGGCAAGGAGGAGGCCCAACAGAGAACCGACAUGGAAUUGCUUCGCUUCUCACUGCUGCUCAUCCAGUCGUGGCUGGGGCCCGCCCAGUUCCUCAGCAGAAUCUUCACCAACAGCCUGAUGUUCGGAACCUCGGACCGUGUCUACGAGAAACUGAAGGACCUGGAAGAGGGCAUCCAGGCUCUGAUGCAGGAGCUGGAAGAUGGCAGCCCCCGUGCUGGGCAGAUCCUCAAGCAAACCUAUGAUAAGUUUGAUACCAACAUGCGCAGCGAUGACGCUCUGCUCAAAAACUACGGGUUGCUCUCCUGCUUCAAGAAGGACCUGCACAAGGCUGAGACCUACCUGCGGGUCAUGAAGUGCCGCCGCUUUGUGGAAAGCAGCUGCGCCUUCUAGCUGCACACUACAGCGGCUCCGCUGUCCUCCCCCAGUGCCUCCCUUUACCCUGGCAACUGCCCGUCCCUCUGCUUUGUCCUAAUAAAAUCAAGAUGCAUCAGAU